UUGCGCCGCCGCCGCGGCCCUCUCCGGAGGCGCAGGCCAGGCCGCAGCCAUGUUCGUGGCGCGCAGCAUCGCAGCGGACCACAAGGACCUCAUCCACGAUGUCUCUUUCGACUUCCACGGGCGGCGGAUGGCGACCUGCUCCAGCGACCAGAGCGUCAAGGUCUGGGAUAAAAGUGAAAGUGGGGAUUGGCAUUGUACUGCUAGCUGGAAGACACACAGUGGCUCUGUAUGGCGUGUGACAUGGGCCCAUCCUGAAUUUGGACAGGUUUUGGCUUCCUGUUCUUUUGACCGAACAGCUGCUGUAUGGGAAGAAAUAGUAGGAGAAUCAAAUGAUAAAUUACGAGGACAGAGUCACUGGGUUAAAAGGACAACUCUAGUGGAUAGCAGAACAUCUGUUACCGAUGUGAAAUUUGCUCCCAAGCAUAUGGGUCUUAUGUUAGCAACCUGUUCAGCAGAUGGUAUAGUAAGAAUAUACGAGGCACCAGAUGUUAUGAAUCUCAGCCAGUGGUCCCUGCAGCAUGAGAUCUCAUGCAAGCUAAGCUGUAGUUGUAUUUCUUGGAACCCUUCAAGCUCUCGUGCUCAUUCCCCCAUGAUAGCUGUUGGAAGUGAUGACAGUAGUCCUAAUGCGAUGGCCAAGGUUCAGAUUUUUGAAUAUAAUGAAAACACCAGGAAAUAUGCAAAAGCUGAAACUCUCAUGACAGUCACUGAUCCUGUACAUGAUAUUGCGUUUGCUCCAAACCUGGGAAGAUCGUUUCAUAUUCUAGCGAUAGCAACCAAAGAUGUGAGAAUUUUUACACUAAAGCCUGUGAGAAAAGAACUAACUUCUUCUGGUGGACCCACAAAAUUUGAAAUCCAUAUAGUGGCUCAGUUUGAUAAUCAUAAUUCUCAGGUCUGGCGCGUCAGUUGGAAUAUAACAGGAACGGUGCUAGCAUCUUCAGGAGAUGAUGGCUGUGUAAGAUUGUGGAAAGCUAAUUAUAUGGACAAUUGGAAGUGUACUGGUAUUUUGAAAGGUAACGGGAGCCCAGUCAAUGGGAGUUCUCAGCAGGGAAAUGCAAAUCCUUCCCUAGGUUCAAAUAUUCCAAAUCUUCAAAAUUCAUUAAAUGGAUCCUCUGCUGGCAGAAAGCACAGCUGAGUACAAGCUAACUGGAGUAACUUUGCUGUUUUGCUGCUUGUUGCAUGCACACAGGAAUGGAAAGCGAGCUCCUUUUCCCCUUCCCCAGCGCCGUUUGACCUCUCCCAAGAUACACCAGCAGCCUGCUUACUACUAAAUGCAGUCCAAAAGGCCUUUAAAAAUAGUGUAUAUCAUUUUUUUGUACUAGUCAGUUUAUUGACACUAUUUGAAACUUUUGAAAUAUAAAUGGAGAGGCUUUCUGUUGAGACGUUGUCAACAAAACAAUUUUUUAAAAUGUUCCUGAAACUAACUUUGGGUUUAAAAAUUAAAAGGAUUGUUACCAUCCUUGUAUAAGUAGUUGGGAGGAGGGAAAAUAUCAAUUUAUUCCAUUUGGAGAAUAUAGACAUAUUUCUUCUGUUUCCUAAAAAAGCUUAAAAUGAUGAAUUUUUAUAAUUUUAAUUUGAAGAUUUAAUAAAUAUUUUUCAUAAAGAUUGUUUUGAGUGCUAAUUUGUUUACUUUUUGUAGAAUUGCUUUAUACGUGAAAUUCAAUACAACUCUUGUCAUUUUUUGGGUAAUAUUUUAGAAAUAUUAGUAAAGGAGUGAACUAGUAAAGUAGUAAUAGUAAAAUGAAAGUAACUUGACUGUACAGUUUGUAGCCAAGUUGAGCAUUUAGUAUUGCUUCAUUUGUAAUUUGCUAGUAAAAUGGAAACUUAUUUAUAAGUUUUUAAUUCAUUUUCACUAAAGAAAUACAUGCAUCUAAUACGCUUUUGUUAUUCUGUGGCUUAGUUUCCUUCAAAUCAAAAUUUGGACACAUAAGUAGUUAAAUUUUUAGUGAAAUUGUACCUGUAAAUUUACUUCAUCAUUUAGUGUCUCAGGAUUUUUCUAAAUUACCUGUUUCAGUUCAUAUCCGGUUAAGCUCUGACCUUGAUAACAAAGCUAUAAAUAAAUCUUUUAGUUUGCUAAAAUGUACAAAUAAUAUGGGUAAGUUAUAAAAUGGUAGAAUAGCAGUAGGGUAUAGUAAUUCUUUGACUCCUUUUACUUACCAAAAUUCUAUAGCUAUUCUAAAUAAGCUAUUCUUAUUUUUUGCAGGAAAAUAAGUAUGCUAAGUGAGUGUAUUUCUUCACAAGUAUAUUGCACUAGCCAGCCAUACUAUGUGAAAGCGUAUUUGAAUUGUUCUCAGUAUCAUGUAUACACUAAAAAAAAAUGUGUUUGCUGCUGCUACAAAUGAAGCAUUGCUCAAAAUAAAAAGUUUACUAGAUUUGUAAAUUUACAGAAUAGCAUCAAAUAUGUCUCUGAGAGAUUAGAAAAUGUUUUAAAUUUAUAAAAUUAGUGUUUUUCUUUGUAACAUUCAUACUGAUAAUUUUUUUUGACAUUUUAAGUUUAAUAGAUUGUAUUUCUUUCUUUCAAGUUUUUAUACUUGCUUAAGCAAUCUUGAUUUGAGUAAGGGUCUUGAUUUGUGCUAUUAUGUUCUGUUAGUUUUGGCAUGAAUAUACUAAAGCUCUUUUUUUCCUAGCAUGUGUUUUCUCCUCUUUGGUUCUCUUUGUAUUUACUACUUUUCUCUUUUUCUUCUGUUUUUUUUUUCCUUUUUUUUUUUUUCUAUUGUUUUUGUUUUGUUUUGGUGUUUUGUUCCUGUCUUCAUUGUUUCAGGUAUUUCUUUCCCCCUCUGGAUUCCCCACAGGCUGGAUCAAGAUGGUCCAGUUAUGCCCAGCUCCUUCCUCCUCCUCCUCCUCCUCCUCUGGUAGAGCACUCUUGCGAUGCUGACACUGCCAGCCUCCAGUAUCCUCACCCUCGCAGACGAUAUCUCUCUCGGCCUCUUAAUCCCUUACCUGAGAAUGAAGGGGUUUAAAACACUGAUUUAACAUUUAAAGGCCUUAUUCAAAUGCUUGUAAAUGCUUUCGUUUCUGGCUGCGUUUUGUUUUCAUUUUCUUUCAGAUUUUUCUAAUUUAGGGUCUGUCUUGCAUGUAUUACAACCAGAACACAGUGUUUGGAACCUAAACCUGUUUGUGUGUCUUCAUCAAAGGAACAUUUGCUUCACUGGUUGAUGACCUUUGAUGAAAUGAAAUAUGUACAAGUAAUGUGAAUUGUGAAAGUUACAUAUAGUAGCUGAUUUCAAAGUGCCUGUUUUGUAAAUUUUGUUUUUAACUAUUAUCAUAGUCUUAAGUUUUUUAUGCUUUGUCAUACUGGCUAAUGUGAAAGCAUAUCAUUAUGAAGUUCAGUCUGCCUUCAAGACGUAUUAAGAAAUGUUUUUAAUUUUACAGGCUAAUGUUGGAACUGUCUAGUAUGUAAAAUAAAUCAUUCCUGUGUAUAAAGCAGCAAAACAUAA